UAAAUCGAAUUAUCGUGCUAACAACACAAUCCGUUAGUACGUAAUGUAAUAACAAGGCCGUGUUAGCACCCUGAUUUAUUGGUGGCGUUACUUAUACAGCUCACGAGGCACAAGAGAGGCCAAAAAUGUGCUGACGGGCCCACAUGUCUAUUUUUGGCCCAAUAAAGAUUUAGCGGGCUUAGCUGUCUAAUGGCUGGCUGCCUUCUUCCCACGGUCCCAACAAAUUAUGCUGAUUACGAUGGGAUCGAUACUGUCUGCACCCAUUCUUUUUGGGGUUAGGUCGAUGAUAAUUGUACUUAAGCUUAAUUAAUCAAAUUGCUAAUUGUCUCCUAAUACUUUCCAAUUCCAACUACUCCAACCCAAAUUCCACCACAUUCUCAUUACUUCAUUGGGGGUUGGAUACUUAGGAUUCUGUUCUCCCAACCUCAGUUAAACAAACUUAUUAAUUAACGUACAUGUCUUGCUACUAAUCUUCCAUUCACAUGGCAUAUAUCUUCCUGCAUAUGUAUAAGAGUUAAAAGACCAUCAUCAAGAUUCAAGUGAGAGAGAAAACAAAACUAGAUACAUUAUUUUAUGGAGGAUGGUAUAUUGCUAUAUUAGAAUGGUUAGUUCGCUUAACCGGUUGUGUGGUAUUCGUCGUCAAUAGAUCGAUAUUCUUCUACUUUUUUGUGUGUGUAAUAAUAUGAUUUACAAGUUCGUGCCUAUAUCUGAUUAUUGAUAUUGCAAUGGUUUUUGUUUGGGAAAGAAGAGCUUCAUUUUUGUUUAGUGUGGUUGUCACCGUAACCCCCCCCAUCCCCCCAAAUAUAGACAAUACGAUUUAGUUACUUACAAUCGGAGGAUCCUACUUCUUUUCUUAUCCAAAAAAAUUGUCUGUAAACAAAUUCAAUUUAAACCUGCUUCUUGUUUUUUUAUUUUUGAUUAAAUAACACUCGAUAGAGAUUAAUUGCUUUCAAUGAAAAAUCUAAAAUCAGAUGUAAAAAAAAAACUAUCGUAUCACAUAAAAGAACAUAAGUAUUUAGUAUUGACAUCAAAUCAAAAUCGUAUCACAUGUAGGUAAAAGGCCCGCAUCAUGGAUUAUGAUAAUGCAAAUACCACCACAUGCACCUAAUUACCACAAUCAAUGAGUUAGAUUAGUGACUAAACAUGAAUUAUUGCCCACCCUAAUCUCAAAUCAAUAAGAAAGAAAAGUCAGCCAAACCAAAUUAAAAAGAAAACGGCCACCUUCGCCAUGGGAGCAUGUGCCCCACUCACCGUCACCAUCAUCUUCUGCUGUCUUUCCUUUCCUUCUCUCUCACUCUCUCUUUCUUUCUUUCUUUUUCAACUCCUUCCUCACUCUCUCAUCGCCUCCAUCCAUUCAAGCCAGUUCAUCUUCAGCUCAGCAGAGAACAAAAUUCCACACAUCCCCCAACCAACGAUCACACUCUCCUUCUUCUCACCCCACGUUCCUUUUUCCUCUUCCCCCUCCCAUAAAGCUCAUCUCUUUCUCUCCCAUCCAUUCUUCUUUACUUGUGAAUCAAUCAAUAGUAUGCCGCUCUGAAGAAUCCCCUGUUUUUUUUGUUCUUUCUCCUUUCCCUCCCCUGUUUUAGUUUCGGUUCGAGGCAGAGGAACGGUUUGGAAUUUGGAUUAUUCUUCCUCCCCCAACAUCGCCGAUGGAUUCCUCUGUGCUUCUGGACUAUGCUCUCUUCCAGCUCACACCGACUCGAACCAGAUGUGAUCUGAUCGUGUUUUAUGGGGGGAAGCCUGAGAAAUUGGCUUCUGGGCUUUGCGAGCCUUUUGUUGCUCAUCUCAAAUUUGCGAAAGAUGAGUUUGCGAAAGGUGGGUACUCCAUCAAGCUCUGCCCUCCUUCACGGUUUGCACCGUGGUUCACCAAAUCCACUUUCCAGAGAUUCGUGCGGUUCAUUAGUACCCCUGCAGUGCUGGAGAGGUUUGUUAAGUUAGAGAGCGAAAUUCUGCAGAUUGACGAGAGUUCAGCACAAGCCAACGAAUCACUCUGUCAAAAUGGCGAACCAGAUGAAGGAAAAGGAAAGAAAAGAAAUGAGGAAUCCCCUGCUCCUCCCCCUCAGGAGAAUUCCAAAGUUCAAUUCCAGCGGCUUCUCGAGACCCGGAAAUCGAUGCUUCGACGAGAGCAAGCCAUGGCGUAUGCCCGAGGGCUUGUGGCAGGGUUCGAGCCCGAUAGGCUAGACGAUUUGAUUUCCUUUGCGGAUGCAUUUGGAGCUUCGCGGCUAAGGCAGGCUUGUGUCAACUUCAAGGAUUUGUGCAAGAAGAAGAAUGGAGAUGGUCUCUGGAUGAAGGAAUUGGCUGCAAUGGAGGCUUACUCGCCAGCUGAACUUGCGUUCUCACCGGCUUCAGGGAUUAUGCUGACUAAUGAAGCCCUGGAUGGAUCAAUGGCCGCCGAUUCAUCUCCUGCUCGACAAUCGAGUUUGGACAGCCAAAAAGAUGAAACUACCAAUGCAAAAGCUCAAAUGGGAAUGCCAUGGCCGAAUCAGAUGAUGCCUCCUUACAUGUACAAUUUCCAGCACCUGAAUCAUCCAUAUCAAGGCUACCCAUAUCCUCCUAUGCAGCCUUUCCCUCCUCAGUAUGCUAUGAAUAUGCAAUCCCCUCCAACGAGCCGGAGAAAAUCAAGCCCAGGCAAGCAUCACAGCAGGAAAGGAAGAAGUUAUUCAACUGAAGAGAGUGAGGAGGAGGAGGACGAAUCCAGCGGUUCUGAAUCCAUCAGAAGCGAUUCAGAAUCCGAAGUUCGGUCAGACAAGAAGCAGCAGCAGCCUUCUUCUCCCGGAGAUGAUGCUCCAGUCAAGAAGAAGCACCACAGGAGGAAGUCAUCGUCCAAAACAGUCGUCAUCAGAAAUAUCAACUACAUCACAUCCAAGAAAAGGAAUGGAGCCUCGGAUGAUUCGUUUUCGGGCGAAGAUGAAGGAAAGCUUGUGAACCAAGUGGUGGAAUCAUUGGAAAAGAAGAUGAACUCGUCAAAGAACGACAACUGGGAUGCUUUCCAGAAUCUCCUGAUGCGAGAUGAGGAGGAGCCACAGCAGCAGACGGUUGUAUUAGCCAUCACUGGACCAGAAUGCCCUGCCACAGAUUUGGAAUCAUCAGAGAAACUACCAAAGCAGAGGAUUCCUGCAGGGGAUUCAUUUCUCAUGGCGAAAUCGGAUGAGCCACGGGGAGAGAGAGCUGGCCUAGAAGAGGAUUUCAUGGUGGGGAACCAACAACGAUCAAUCGUGAAGAAGAGAAUGGAUUCUGCAGACCAAGAUUUGGUCAUUUCGCGGGGAGUGUACGAAUCAGGAACAGGACUAAUAACUGAUGAAAAUCUAUCUUCAUCCACGGUGAAGCCUGGAAAGAGAGGAGGUGAAGACUGGUUUGUAAUCAAAGGUGCAUCAGUUAACAAUGAAGCAAUGCUCAAUGGAGAUUACCUGCAACUGGAAAGCAGCAACUCUGGUAAAAGAGAAAGUUCCGAGAGGGACAGAUUGGCUGUUGAUGAUUCCUUCAUGUUAGAAGCUCGACCACUGGAAGUUGCUUCUCAUCAGUACGACGAGUCUUCAUGGAGAACCGACAUAGCCAUGUCUGCGGAUUUGACAGCACUGUCUUCCCCACUGGAAAAUGGAGAUAAGAAAGAGAUGAGAAGCUCGAUUGACGACCUUUGCAUGGUGGUGGAAAGGGAAGCUGCUUGGUGUGCAGAUCAAAGCAUGGACUUAUCAUUCAUGGAAGCAACUAGUACCACCAGGAAAUCAACUAGCGAUAAUCCCAUCAAGGAAGAGAAUCAAACGAAUUCGACAAAGUCAGAUACCAAGAACAAGAAGAACACAACGGCGAGAGUUCCUGGAAGAGCGAGAACGGGGACGAUCAACUCAAUCACGAAGAGAACAACUCCGCUGCAGAGUCGGCCAUUGACUCAGAAGAGCAAGCUUGAGAGAGAGGAAGAGGCGAGGAAGAAGAUCGAGGAACUAGCACUCCAGCGGCAGAAGAGAAUUGCGGAAAGAACAGCAGCAGCAGUAGCUAGUUCAACCCGAAAACAGAUCCCGAAUAGAAGAUCGUGAAAGAAAAUCUUCCUACCAAGCAUAUAGCUAAAAUUCAUCAAGAACAUUCAGUGUUUCGUAUUCAUUUGUAUAUUCAAUCUAUAUAUUCCAAGCUAUCAAGAAAGAAAGAUUGCUAAUAAUAUGAAAACCUGCGA